UAAGCUAGUCUGCCAAUAAACAUUAGAAGAAGAAGAAGAAGAAGAAGAGCAUGAAAGAUUUGAUUUCUGUCCUCGGAUAAGGUGAAUCUAUCAAAAUCAUGUCUGCUAAUAGGAGGAUAACGCUCAUAUUUGGAGGCUUCAUUGCAGCCGUUGCGGUGGCUUUUUAUCCGAUAUUUUUCCAUCCUCUCACUCACACUGAAGACUACAAGCAGAUCCAGAAGAUAAAUCGAGCCGGAGUCGAUCAAGCAGAUGUGCAGCCUGCUGGUCUGAAGAUCUGGUCUGAUCCCUUCAAGCCAAAAUCAUGAUUCCAGUGUGUGGAUGAAAACUGAAUGAAUGAACAUGAGGACUGAUGUGUCACUGACUGAGGAUUGAGGAUUUGAGAUA